CUCUUCUGAAGAAGUUUUUCGUCGGCAGGCGGCAAAAUAUUAUUACUUUAUUUCGGGCACAUCCGUAUGAUAAUUACCAAACAAUGGCGGCACCGCUGGAAAGUGUUAUUCUAAAAUUACUCCAGAACACAACAAAUGAGGGUCAAGUUGAAGGCUUUCGAGAAAUACAAGGUUUGUUCAAAGAUCCGACAAUUAAUAUAUCCUUAUGUCAAUGUGUGACACAGUCUCAAGACCCUCAAGUGAGACGGUAUGCUUCAUUGUUGCUUCGCAGACGAGUUUUAAAGUCGAAACAUUGGAAAAGGGUGCCUCCAGAUGUAAAACAAGGAAUGAAAGCUACUAUUCUUGAGGCUUAUAUCAAAGAUACUGACAAAACUGUCAGGAAUGCUUUAGCCGAAUUGAUAGCUGCUAUUGCUAAACAUGAUCUCCCUACUAACCAAUGGCCAGAAUUGAUGGCACUAUUAAGCCAAAGUAUCCGCAGUAACAACAAUGUUGACAGAGAAGUUGGGCUUUAUUCAUUGAGUGUAAUUACCAAAGCAUUGGGCGACAAAUUAAAGCCACAUUUUAAAAGUUUAUUAAAUUUGUUUCAAAGCACUCUUGUUGAUAUGUCCAGUAUAGAUAUUCCAUAUUACACCAUAAAGUGUCUUACUCACAUGGUGUGUAGUAUUGGUACUGAAGAAUUAAAUAUUUUUCAAGCUUUAAUUCCAAACAUCAUCAAUAUUAUUAAAGCACUUGCUCCCAUUGACCAAGCCAAGGCUUGUGAAAGUCUUGAAAUAUUUGAUGAACUGCUUGAAUCUGAAGUUGCUGUUCUACAGCCUCAUCUGAAAGGCUUGGUUGAAUUGUGUCUUAUGAUUGCAUCAACUGACAAAUUUGAUGCCGAUUUAAGAAUAAAAGCUGUGCACAUAAUAUCGUAUUUAAUCAAGCUGAAGAAGAAGUCUAUUAUCAAACAAAGAUUAGCUCAACCAAUGCUUGAAGUUCUUUUUCCAUUAAUGUGUCAACCAUGUCCUGGUGACACUGAUGAUGUUGAUUAUGAAGAAUUGGAAAUUUCGCUUCCUUCUGCUGCUGGUCAGGCUCUUGAUAUAAUGGCUUUACAUUUGCCUCCAACUAAGUUAAUGCCUUUGAUAAUGCAAUACGUAAAACCUGCCUUUGGACACCCGAACCCUCAUCACAGGAAAGCAGCUUUCCUUGCACUAUCUGUUAUUGCUGAAGGUUGUUCAGAAUACAUUAGAGAAAAGUAUCUGCCAAGUUUUCUACCAAUAAUUGAGCAAGGAGUAAAAGAUCCAGACUCGUGUGUUUGCAAUAGUGCUCUUUAUGCUAUUGGACAGUAUGCUGAAUAUUUACAGCCUGAUAUAAGUAAAUUUGCCCCUCAAAUAUUGCCAGUUUUAUUCGAAUUCCUGCAACAAACAUGUGUUCUGUUACAACAAGGUCAUAAAAAGCCACCUAGUUUAGUGAGGACUUUUUAUGCUGUUGAGAGGUUUUGUGAAAAUUUAGAAGAUAUAAAGCCUUACUUACCUAACUUAAUGCACUGCUUAACUACUUUCCUUACCAUCAACACAGAAAAUUCUGUCACUGUCAAAGAACUGGCAGUAGAAUCUAUUGGCUCUGUAGCAUCUUCUGCCAAGACUGAGUUUGUGCCAUAUUUUCAACCUGUGAUGGAACAUCUUCAGAGGUUCAUUGCUGACAAACAUACUGAAGAAACAAGACCCCUUCAAAUACAAGCUAUAGAUACUCUGGCUAUUAUUGCUAGAUCAGUUGGGGCUGAAACUUUUAAACCCGUGGCACAUGAAUGUGUCAAAUGUGCCAUUCAUCUUAUGAUGGAGGUUGACGAUCCAGAUGUUCGCAGAUCAUGUUACACUUUAAUCUCUUCUGUUUCAUGUGUUCUCCAUGAAGAAAUGGCUCCUUACUUACCUACAGUAAUAGAGCGCAUGAUUACCACUUUAAAAUCAAAUGAGGAAAUAAGUGUGACUACUGAUUAUGACAAAAACAAUGCUUUUACAUUGUUUGAGGAUGGAGAGGAAGAAGAGACUGAAAAUGGUGAUAUGAGUGAUACAAAUUUGGAAAAUCUUGAAGGUGAUGACGAAGAAGAUGAUGAUAUCACUGGGUACAGUGUAGAAAAUUCAUAUGUAGAUGAGAAGGAAAGUGUUUGUGUUGCCUUAAAAGAGAUCAGUGCUGAAUUAAAAGGACAAUUUUUAACAUAUCUUGAAGCUUGUUAUGAAGAAGUAAAGAAACUUGUUGAACAUUUGUCUGAUGAUCUUCGAAGAACUGCCAUUGCUGCUAUGGGGCAGUUUUGUAUUACUUUAAACGACAUUCAUGUUGAAACUUCAAAUUUGGAGUGCAGAGUUGCGCUGGAGAAGUAUCUUAACAUGUUGUUUCCUAAACUUUUUUCUCUUGCUCGAGAAGAUACCGAAAAUGGUGUUGUACUUGCUUGUUUAGAGACACUACAAAAUGUUAUUGACAAUAUUAAACAGCCGGCCAUAUAUGGUGGGAAUUUGGAAUCUAUCUGUUUGCUGAUUAGGGAUGUUUUUCAAAAUAAGCUAGCUUGUCAAGAUGAAGCAGAUGGGGAUGAAGAUGAUCAAGAAGCAGAAUAUGACGGUCUUAUAUUAGAAUAUGCCGGUGAAUUAAUUGCUUCUCUAAUUAAAGUUACUCCUUGGGCACAGUUUGCUCCUUAUUUUGCUGGUUUGAUGCCUUUCCUCAUUAACAAAUCAAAAAAAGCUUGCACAGUGUCUGAAAAAUCUUUUUCUACUGGUACGCUAGCAGACAUAGUGAGCAAUAUGGAGGCUCGGACAGUUAAGCCUUUCAUAAGUCAUUUGCAACCAGUUUUUCUUGGUGGAAUGAGGGAUGAAAAUGAAGAGGUUCGAAGCAAUUCUGUUUAUGGACUAGGUGUGCUGGCUGAAAAUGCUAAAGAAUUGGUUUUUGAUCAGUACCCUACUUAUUUGCAAGCUUUAUCAAAUAUGAUUGCGUCUGAAGAAGAUCGUCGCACAAAAGACAAUGUUUGUGGUGCUAUAGCUCGAUUAAUUAAGACCAAUCCUGAAGGUGUGCCUUUAGAUCAGGUAUUUCCAGUAUUUCUCCAGUACCUCCCUUUGAAAGAGGAUCAGGAGGAAAAUUCUACUGUUUUUGAGUGUCUAGUUUACUUGCACAGUAUGCGUUACAAACAGCUCUUUGAAAAUCUGCCUCAGCUAGUGAAAAUCAGUUCAGAAACACUAAUGCAUUCUGGUUUGAAAAAAGGUGCAAUUGAUCCUAUAAGCUCUCUCCUGAACAAUAUCUACAAAGAAUUUCCUAAUGACUUUGACAUUAUUUUAAAAUCUUUGCCUAGUGAAAAUGUAGAGGCUAUAAUGAAAGUACGAGCUGUAGUAUAGAAUUUAAGUAAAUGAUUAUGUACAUAAAGCAAUUUAUACCAAAAGCUUUUCAAUAAAAAUUUAUAUUUAUUAUUUAA